AUAGGAAAUUCCGUCACGCCUCGCCCUCUCCGCCCCCGACCAGGAUCGUCGACUCGCCCGGCUCCGGCGAUCUCCUCCUCCUCCUCCUCCGCCGCCGCCCGCGGUCUGGCCGAGAUGGGGAGCACUCCCUCUAUGCUCACCCAAUAUGACAUCGAGGAGGUCCAGGACCAUUGUGACCACGCAUUCUCGCAGCAGGAGAUAGUUUCGCUGUACCACCGCUUCUGCCAGCUCGACCGCAACGGAGGUGGCUUCGUCUCCGCUGACGAAUUCAUGUCGGUCCCUGAGUUCGCCGUAAAUCCCCUCUCCCAGAGGCUCCUGAGGAUGCUGGAUGGGCUCAACUUCAAGGAGUUUGUAGCAUUUUUGUCGGCUUUUAGCCCCCGCACAAGCCUGCAGCAAAAGAUUGAAUUUAUUUUCAAGGUUUAUGAUACUGACUGCAACGGGAAGGUUGCUUUUGAUGACAUCUUGAGCAUCUUGCGAGAUCUCACAGGUUCAUUUAUGACAGAGCAACAGAGACAGAAAGUCUUGACUCAUGUGUUAGAAGAAGCUGGGUACACAAAAGAUUCGCAUUUCACACUCCCAGACUUUAUGAAGAUUAUUGGCAAUUCUGAGCUCAAGAUGGAGGUUGAAGUUCCUAUUGACUAAAAGCCUAAUAAGUACCAUCUAGUUGUACCAUGAUGCUGUUGCUCAGACUGUAUGUUCAUUUAUGUUAAAUUAAGUCGAUGGUAUAUUUAUAUCCUUGUAACUCAAAUCAUGAUCAGAGAUGUAAUGAAGGAAACAUAUGUACCUGCUAUUUGGAGUUUUAGUUCACUUGCACUUGUACUCCUUAACGCUUGUUAUAUGUCAUGUGAUCUUCAAGAUACCCUUAAUGAUCUAAGGUUCA